AUGCCACGUGAUUCAAGCUCUCUUGGAGCGGUGGAUUGUAACAAAACUUGCAUGAAUCCGGUGCCUUGCAAAUAUUUGUUGGCAGAGUACUCGCCUGACAUUUGUUAUGCUAGCCCCUUAGUUAUAAAACAACGAAUCGACGAAAUAUCCAGUAUUGCCCGUCUGAACUGGACCAUUGAAGUUCUCUACGAUCGAAAGUUGCAGCAAAUGGAGGGAAGUCUCGACGAUCCCCAGGCUCUGCGCCGCCUCCUAACUGACAAACAAAAUGACCUUGAAUUGGCAGCUCAAAUCGGAAAGUCAUUGCUUGAUAGGAAUCGAGACCUCGGCCGUCAACUUCGUGAAUCGGAGCAGCAGAUGUCUGCUGCCAUGGAAACAAUAAACCAGCUGCAGCACAGCCUAGGCAUGAAGGAGGAGCUGCUGCAGAUGUGGAACGACCAGAGCGCCAACGAGGCGGAUCUGCCUUCUGCUGACGGGCCCUUUGGCGACCCCGAGGUGUCACGGUCGCGUUGUCGAAGCGAGACCUCUGGUAAAAACGGCACUCAGGCGAGCCAAGAUGAUAUUGAGUUAAUCCAUCGAAAAUUGCAAGCCCUGGAAGAGGAAAACGCCUCUAUACGAAGCACGAAGGAUGAGCAGCAGACAGUAACGCUGAAGGAGUGCCUGCGCAAAUUGGGUGACGCAAUGGUCUAUAUGAAGAACCUCUCUGACGAGCAAUUCCGCCGCUCUGAUGCCCUCAUCCAGCAACAGAAUCAGGUCAACGCUCUCGCCGCUCGCAGCCGAGAGUUGGAAAACAGCCUCAACCAGGUUGGCCUGACAAACGAGAUGCUCGCAUCAAAGGUGGAGGAGUUGAACACAGUGAAUCAGAACCUGGUGCGUGAGUUGCGCGACAUGAAGGACAAGUACGACGAGAGCCUGACCCUGUACACUCAGGCGCAGGCCACGGUGCGCAAGUUGCGCGAUCGGUCGCGGCGAGCCAGCCUGCGGCCCACGCGCCUCCUCUACAGUUCAAUCGAGGGUAGACAAGGCACUGAUCCCUUCUCCUCGCCUCUCACCGAUAAGCCCCUCUCCAUAGCCGAUGAACUCGCCCUCUCUCUCCGCGAAAAAUCCCCGCAGUCUGGUGUAGCUCUCUGUCCAAUUGAUCGCCGUUCUUGCCAGGCUGUAGAUAACACCAUGGAGAUGCAUCCCAAUCAAGCAGCCUCCAGGAUGCGGACGGGAACUGAGUGUACCGACUGGGACGAUCCCACCAUCGAUAGUAGUGGUUUCGCCAGCUGUUCAGGCACGAUUUACCCGAUAGACUCCGCGCACCGAGCAUCGGGGGGACGUACUGAGGAAUCCUCACCAGCAGUGGUUGCGGCGCUGCUGGACAGCCGACGUCUGGUCCUCCGGCAUGGCCUCGACUGGGAUGUGGAUGAAUUGGAGCAGGAACCAGAGGUGGAGGAAGACGAGGACGAAUCCUCUGAGGUUAUUCGCGCUUUUACCCAGCACCACACCUCUCUCCAGCUCACCCCCAUCGACCAUUGGGUGGUUGACCAGAAUGCUGCCGCACUUCCGCCGCAGCACAGCUUCGAUGAUAGCACCCUCGGCUCAACUGGUCUGACAUCCAUCUUUGCUCAGGCCGUACGUCCUCAGCGCCUGCAGUUGGUGAAGCAGUUGCAGGGCUCGGGCGUGCUACAGCGGUGGCAGCGCUUGGCGACGCCGAGCCUCACUGCUGCGUUGUAUGAGGGACCUCUUAGUGGAGUGGCCAGUCGCGGCGGUGUCCCCUUCUCCGAUUCCUUUACCCCCACCAAUGUUACCUCCGUUUCUUCUUUCCUAUCCCUUCGGUGGGCCUCUGGUGCUGAUCUCAGUCAGAUGCACCCCUCAUCAAGUCCGAAUCGCGACAUUAAAUUUGUCCCAAUUUCAUCCCACACCCCCUUUCGAAACAGCGAUGCCCCAGCCUUCACUGCAAGCACGGAUAGGCUCUUGAGUGAAUUCCUGGCGGCCUCAAAGCGUGCGCGUCCCAUAGCGAUGCCGGCAGUACGCGCAGGGUCCACGGUGGCGGCUGCGGCGACGCGGUGCACGGAUGCUGUGUCGCAGACCCGCAGUCGACGCACCUCAUCGCCGGCGCAUGAAUUGACGAGCUUUCGCGCCGUCUCGCCCGUGUGCCGGGGUCUUCUUGAUGCCUCCGAAAUGACCUCCGAGCCUCUGGACCUCGACGUCGCCGCGAUCAAGGUACCCGCUCCGCGCCCCGCCUCGCCUCAGACGUCCACGCCGCCACCUUCCGCCUCUCUCUUUCGUAGACCCAACAUCUCCCGAGCCUCCCCCACCCUCCACAGUGUCCAGGAAGAGCCGGGUGUUAUACCCAGACACCAGACUUCCUUUCAUUUGAUCUUUUCAUACACUCUCGAAAAUUAA